GCCUGCACCUAUUGCCCCUUCCAUACCCCAAAGGAAAGAUACAUAAAAUAAACACGUCCUGAUACAUAAUCCAGUUCGCUCUUGCUCGCCGCAAUCCCUCUUUUCUGUUGCUCGCGCUUCAAUUUAUUUUCUUCCUCAUAAUCCUACCCACAUCGUAGAUUACUUGUCACAAGCAUAUAUACUUCCAUAGAUUCUCCUCUGAUUCUCCGUUCAGCUUUGCCAAUCCGCCCCUCUGCAGAAAUGUCGGCCCUGCCGGCAGAGAUUCUCGCCGACAUACUCUCCCGGUUGCCCGUGAAGCCGCUUCUCCGUAUCCGAUGCGUCUCCAAGCCUUGGUGUGCCCUAAUAGACAGCUCCAGCUUCGUCAAAUUGCAUCUGAAUCGGUCACUGGAGACCAAGACCAAUUUGAGCUUCAUCCUGAGAGACGACCACCUCCACUCGGUGGACUUCGAUUCGAUGGACGGCGUCGCAGAGGCGAUGAGCCUCGAUCACCACCCUCUCCGGUGUCAGGACUACGGCACGGAGGUUUGGGGCUCUUGCGACGGGUUGAUUUGUAUGUCCAAUGCUCUUGACACCGUUGUUUUGUGGAACCCUAACACCAGGAAGUCCCGAAAAUUGCCCUACUCGCCGGUUGAGUUUGAGGACGCAUCCAAGUUUCAUGCGUGUCGCGUAUAUGGAUUUGGGUAUGAUAGUGCUAGUGAUGAUUACAAGGUGGUGAGGAUAGUGGCGCUCCGAAGCAAUGAUCUUUCUGCUUUUCGUUACGAGGUUAAGGUUUAUAGUUUGAAAGCGAAUUCUUGGCACAGGGCUGGGAAGUUCCCUCAUUACCCUAACUUGAAAAGAACUUGUGGUGUACUAGCCAAUGGAUCUUUGCACUGGGUUGUGACUCAAGGUUUUGAUGUCCGGAAGGAUGGCUCGAUAGUUGCUUUUGAUCUCGCGCGAGAGGAUUAUCACGUAGUGCCACAACCAGACUAUUCGGAUAUGAAUUUCUUUAUGUUAGUCCAUAGUUUAGGGGGAUGCCUUUCGAUAUUCUGCAAUUAUUACUUGUCCCGUGUUGAUAUAUGGGUGAUGAAAGAAUACGAUGUAAAGGCAUCAUGGACUCGGUUAAUUUCAGUUGCCCAACCAGGAGUAAUCGGGCCUUUUCAGUAUUUGAGGCCCGUUACUUAUUCAAAGGAUGGCAGGGAAGUACUCUUAGAACAAGACAGCAGCAGGCUUAUUUGGUAUGACUUGAAACUGAAGAGGGCCAGGGAUGUUAGGAUUCAAGGCACGCAAGACAUGAUGAUGCAAAUGGAGCUGUGUGUGGGAAGCCUUAUUCCUUUGAAUGGUGGUGGUGAAACUGAUGGGAAGAAGCAGCAAGAAAAAGAGGAGAGGAAUAUGAAAGAUUUCCUUACAAAGGGUUUCAAAUUGGUGCUAUAAGCUACUGGUAGAUGAAAGGGAAGCAAGUGCUAAAUGUUGGAGAGAGGAUUAGGCAAUGUGAAUGUCCAUUUAUAAUAAUAAAUGACUACAAAUGUUGAAAACACAUAACAAAAGGGCAUUAACUAUAUGAGAAGGUGAUGCGGUCACUAACUGGUUCAAGAGACAAGAUGGAAGGCAGUUCAAGAGCCGGUCCAAACCGGCCCAAAAGUGGCCAGCCCGGCCCAAACAAGGGCCGAAACUUCAUAUCUUCAUAUUAUUGUAGGACUUUUACUUCUAUUUUACUUCAUAUGUUUUAGGACUUUAAUUCGACUUCAUAUUUGUUAGGGUUUUAUUUCGAUUAGGAUUCUAGUUGGAUUUUAUUUACAUAUUAGAUGGAUUAGCCUAACACUAUAUAUACUUAUUAGUUAGGGUUUGUAAAUAGUUUCUUAAUUUGAACUUUCUGCAAGCCUAUUUGGUUUUAUCAGCAAGCUAGAUUCAGCUUUGCGCCUACUUGAGGGACACGUUUUGGUGUUGAAACUUGCUUCUUUCAAGGUUUCUUUCAUGUGUUUUCUCUACACGCACUACACUGCAUCAGAAGGUCCAUGAAAACACUAGAUUAGAUGAUUUGGAAGAAGAAAUGCAGUCAUAAUGUUUCUAUAAAAUGGCCCUAAUUUAUCAAGAAAGAAAGAAAACUGAGUGGUGUUAAGUUUGCCUCUUAACUCUCUUUUGUUUUUAUGUUUGCAAAGUGUUUAGGGUUAAUUGUUAUAUUGUCCCACCAACUUUCUUUUAAAUUUCAAUGUCAGCCAUACUCUUUUUUUUUUUUCUAUUUAGGCCAUCCAACUUCUAUAUUGUCAUAAAUGCUGUCCAAUUUGUUUAUGAGGUGAACAAAAUUAUUUUUUUAUUAAAUUAUUUGCUUCAAAGCUGAAUAAUUUUAAAUGUCUAAUUAAAGCAAAAAAAUAUAAAUUAAGAAACUAAGUUGGAAGGGACAAUCAACAAUUUUUUGUGUGGAAAAAUGGUUAACUUCAAUAAACUUUCAUUGAUUGUUCAACUAAAAGUAAAAUUGUGCUCCAGCCAAAUGAUGAUCAAUAAUUAUCUUGUGGUCUUAAGGCUUGUAAUUGUGGUUGUUGGUCAAUAAUUUUCUUUGUCUAUAUUUGCUUGUUAUUUUUUCAUUUAAAUCUAAAUAUCAACUCAAUUAGAAAACAAUUUUUUAAUAAAAUUGUUUUUGUAAUAUUUGUCAAUUCAUAGUUAUUCCACAUUCAUUUUUAUAUGAAAGUUGAAGUGUUUAAGUAGAAAAAUUGAAAGUUUGAGGUUGUCAUUGACAAAUGAAGUAGUGGUGACUGGAUAAUAUGAACAUUUACCAAAAUUUGACAUGUUUAUUAUUGUUCUGUUUUUUGAAAUAUUUUUUGUAAUAAAAAUAGCUUGCUAUAAAUGAAAUAUACCUCAUAUUGGUGAAAUAACUAAUUGUCUAUGAAUGUGUUAUACUAUUUCUGUCAACUUUGAUGUAUUACAUCAUGUUUGGUUGGAAUUGUUGAAUUUUGAUUUUUCUAAUAAAGUUUCAUGUUAUCUUUCAGGAAAAACAAAAGGAAAAAUUUAUACAACCAACUUUUAUGAUAUAGGAUAUUAUGAUGGGUAUUAAGGCACCAACAUGUACAAAAUACAAGCAUAAUGAAGAUGAAGAUAUUAAGAGAGAUGUAAGGUCAUACAAAAUAUUAGAAAUGUGCUUAGGGUUGAAGUAACUCCUAUUGAAGAUAAGAUGUAAAAGACACAAUUAAGAUAGUUUGAUUAUAUUAGAAGAUCAAUAGAGGCUCCUGUUAGGACGGUGGAUGGAAUGAAACAAGCAUUUAGCAAAAGAGAUAAAAGAAUACCAAGAAAAAGGUUGGUGGAAGACAUUUAGGCAUGAUAAGGUUUUACAAAAGAUAAGACAAUAGAAAGAAAUGGCUAAUGAACUAUAAUUCUUGUAGUCAACCUCACAUAGCUGGAUAAAGACUUAAAAUGUUGUUAUAUCUAAGUUCAUUUGUAAGAUUGAACCUCCAUUGCAAUGGUGAGGUUCCUUUGUGACUGGAAGGCCACAGGUUUAUGUUAGGGAAAUAGCCUUUUUGCAAAAUAAAAGACUAAAAAAAACACCUACUGUGAAAAAAUGGGGGAAUCUCAUGCACUAGGGACAGCCUAUUGUCUUUCUUUCCCAAUUUGAAUAUAAACUGUUAGAGUUUGUACUUGCAAAUUAAAAAUUGAGAUCUAUGUUACCUUGAACGUGGCUUGUUAUAGGACAUGAAAUAUGAAUAGGAACAUGGUGUGCAUGCUAAAAGGUGACAGAAUAACCUAGACACCAAUUAUCAGAUGGGUGCUUCAACCAUCUGGCCAUGGAGAUAGCUGCCAAUAAGAUACCUCUAGAUGAGACUAGUUCAUCCAAAAAAAAGUAGGUGAGACUGAAGCAACUAGUAAUAAAACUGGUAUUAAAGCUACUAGCACAGUCGAUGGAGGAGGUUACCUAGAAUCAUUUAAAUUUUUAAUAAAUAAUAUAACAAGAAGGGCAUGUUACACAGGACUGCCAUUGUUUUAUGGCGGAACAUAAAGAACUCUACAAGCUGCUUAUUUCAUUUUCUUGGUCACUAGCCUUAAUUUAUGAAUAGAUAGGAAGCAGCUUCUGGAGGCUCUUUAGGCAUGGUGACAAGAUUUGUCUAUUAAUUUGGGAUAUUUUAUGUGUGAAGGGUGUCAGUUGGCUCUUGUUGACCAAAUAAGCUUUUGAAAUACUGGGGAAACCUGGGCCAGAAUGGUGUUUGCAAAUCAUCAAGGCAAAUAUUUUCAUGCAUAAACCUUGCAAUGUGUUGCUGGGGAUGGGUUCUUCUAGUCAAUGCCUGAGGGUUGAUUAGCAUAUCUCGAUUAUGGGAGGAAAUGAGCAAUAGGCCCACAGUAAAAUUAAAUAAGGGGAUCCACCUAAAAUUUGAAAUUGCUUGCUGGUGAUUUGAAUCUGGAAAUUUGUCCAUCUCAGUUGCUUUAUGACCUGGGGAUGGAAUUGUUAUGUACUGUACUCUUCCGGUGGAACUGUAAAUCUCUGUUCUCCUAUUGCAGGAUUCCAAAUCCGAAACCUUCAUUUUUGUUUCAAGAACCAACGAAUCAUAUGUAGAAAGCAGCAGCAUUAUUGUCAUGCCAUGUCCUAUCCUGCUUUUAGUAGCUGUGAAUGGAGGAAAUGCAUGGAUAUCUAGGCCAAUAUUCCUGCAAAUUUUAGUGUGGAUUUUGCCCUAAGAAGAGACUGCAGAAUUUCCAAGGACCUGAUUGAGCUUAUUUUCAUUGGUUUCGUGCCAAUUUGGCUUCUCCUUUUUCUAAUAUUCAGAAAUGGAACUGAUCAGAAGUUCUGCUUUUCAGUUCUCUUUCAUUUACUCUCAAAUUAGAUGGAUUUUUCAAAAAGUGUUUUGAAACGGUUCCAUUAAAUUAGGUUGUCAAAGAGUGUUUUGAAACGGUUCCAAAAAAGGUUAUCUUUGCUGUUUUUUAAGAAGUUUUGAAAACAAUACUAAACGGGUACAUCACACCUGAAUCUUAAACGGUUCUUUCUGGUUUACUUUCUUUUGUCUUCUGGGUACCCAAUGCCUGAAUGCAUUUGAUGGAACCAUUGAAGAAUUGGCACCAUGUCCAGAUGGUCUGUCUCAUAUUGGGUAAAGAACAUGUUUAUGGUAAUAGAUGCCUAGCUAAGGAGGCUGGGUUAGUUUCGCUUGAAGCUGUUAAUAAUCCCUUUGUGUUCAGUUGGCUUAAUCUGAUUGUAUGUUGUGGAUGUAAUCGAGGACGAUCCCUUGAUGCAUAAUUGUUGUCAGUUCCUGUUACAAUUUGUUAAGAACAUGAAACCCUUGUAACA